AUGGGACCCGAUUUCACAGAGUCGACUCUGCCGACGUGGACGAGCGUAUUCACAGCACCGACAGCGACAAGCACAAGCAGCCUGGGAGCCGGAGACAGCCCGGGUCGAGACGACGACGACGAUGCCCUGCAGCGGUGGUCGUCCCUGAUUGGCAUCAUCACGGCCAUUGUCGGCAACGUGCUGAUUGCACUUGCUCUCAACGUCCAGAGAUAUGCGCACACACGCCUGCACAAGGAGCGCAAGAGGCUAAAACAAGAGGCUCGGGCAGCCUUGAAGCGAGCGCAUAGCAGUAGCAGCAAUGGGAGCACGCAGGUCGGCGUCUACGGCACCAUCAUCAGCGACGAUACAGGAGAUCAUUACCAAAAUGGCCGUUCAAGUACAAACGGGAACGGCCACGACAGAGGGCUGUACGAUGACCCCUCGGACGACGAGCACGAUUUCGCCGAAGACGAGCCCCUGAUGGCCUCGUUUCAGUCCAGCGCAACGACGGCAAGCUCCGACACCGAUACCAAAUCAGACAAAAAACCAUCCUCAAACUAUCUAAAAUCGCCAUACUGGUGGCUCGGCCAGAUCUUGAUAACGUUGGGAGAAGCAGGCAAUUUCCUAGCGUAUGGCUUUGCGCCGGCCUCCAUCGUCUCGCCUCUCGGAGUGGUUGCGCUGGUAUCCAACUGCAUCAUUGCACCCGCCAUGUUUCACGAAAAGUUUAGAGUUCGCGAUUUCUGGGGCGUUGUCAUUGCCGUUUCUGGCGUUGUCACCGUCGUUUUGAGUGCGAACCAAGAGGAGACGAAGCUGAAUCCCCAUGAUGUCUGGGGAGCAAUCACCACGAUGGAAUUCGAAAUUUACCUUGGCGUUACGACGUUUCUCAUCAUCGUGCUCAUGUGGGCUAGCAGAAUAUAUGGCAAACGCACCAUCCUGAUUGACCUCGGCCUUGUUGGCCUCUUUGGUGGAUAUACGGCCUUGGCCACCAAAGGUGUAUCAUCGAUGCUCUCCACCAGCUUUGUGGGGGCUUUCACAACGCCUGUAACAUAUGCCCUCGUAUUUAUCCUACUGUCGACUGCCAUUAUGCAGAUUCGCUACGUCAACAAAGCUCUCUCCCGCUUCGAUUCAACUCAAGUCAUUCCUAUUCAGUUCGUCAUGUUCACACUGUGUGUCAUCAUCGGCAGCGCAGUGUUGUAUCGCGAUUUCGAAAAGACGAACAAGAAGCAGGCUGCCAAGUUUGUUGGUGGCUGUCUUCUCACAUUCUUUGGUGUCUUUCUCAUUACUAGCGGGAGAGAACACAGAGAUGAUGACGAGGAUAUGCUCUCCGAGACGGACGGCAUCGAAGAAACCAUUGGGCUUACGCAGCACGACGGUAGCGCCUCAUCCUCUGCACUUCCUCAACCACAGUAUGACCAGCGGCGCCUCAGCGUGCCAACUCCCAAAACACCCUCUCGCCGUUCUAGUAGAAUGUCGCGAGUGAGCUUCGCCGACAGAGUCAAGUCAGAUUCGCCUCAUGGCGCCCAUGAACCCCCCUCAACGCAUUAUUUCGAAUCAGCACAUUCUCCAGCGCAUCUCAGCGGCGACGAAGCACAUGUUCUUGUAAAUAACCCAUGGCAAGGCCUGUGGGUGAGCCCAGAUCCCCCUCGAGGCACUCGCACAGUAUCAGCGGAAUCCGUCCUCACAAGGUCUGGAUUGGGUUCAACGCCUGUACAACCACAUCCUCUCUCAUCUUUCAAGGAGCCUCAGGUGACUCUAUCACAUUCCACCGAUCGACCCGUAACACCUCGGGCGGCACAUAGUUCCAAAUCGGCCAAUCACCGAUCACGACCAUUUAUUUCUCCCUCACCUUUUUCUUCCACCGUCACCACAGCAGUCAAGGAUGUCAUACUUCGGGAAAACGACAGUCCAGAGGCGACUGCAUCUUCUCUACGACGCAUACGAUCUAGCAUUCGAGCGAGUCUAUUCUUUAAUAGCGACGACGAGGAUGCUCUCAUACCCGAGCGCAUCGCGGAAGAGCCCAUCAUUCCUUACUCAGACGACAAUCUACCUCAAGCACUAGGCCAUGAAGAUGCUGGGCCAAGCACAGACGCGAAAGUCUCAAGGGGGAGGGCGAGAAGUCUGAGCGACACGAUUGGAGAGUUUUUCCGACCUAAAAAGCAGAAGAAGGCCGAGACGGCCGAAGAAGACGAACAUUUAUUAGAUGGCGACGACGAGCAGCAAUCAAGUCGCAGUCCAUAA